CAUGCAAAUAACUAAUUCAAAAUGUCAAAACAGAAAGUUUAAGAGACUUGACGUAUUUUGAUUUUAACUUAUAUUAUUUCAUUUUAUUUCAGUAAAUAAUUGAGCUGAUUGCAUGUUAAUUAAUACAUUUGUGUUAUCUGAACACCGUUUAAUAAAUUAGAUACAAAGAAAUAAAGCUAAUAAUUUAAAGAUGGACUCUGCAAUGGCAAUGGGCAGUAGAGCUGGUAGUAGGGCAGGAAGUAGAGUAAGUGGGGCUGGAAUGACAGGUGACACUAAAAAGGAAGAAAUGGUACCUGGAGUACUUCCACAAAAUCACAGGUUUAUUGAGCCUACCAAGGCUAUUAAAACUAUCACUGAUAUGGCUAUUUGGGAAAAAUCAGAAGCUUACAUGGAAUAUACAGGGUUCAUUGCUACGCUGAAUGAAGCAAUCAAGGGUAAACCAUUAUCAGUAGAUUGUAAAAUUUCUGACAAUCUCAAGAAACUUAUGGAGAUGCUAGAUAAAAUUGAUAAGUUAAUAGAUGCAUUUCCCCCUAUUGAACAACCACAAAGGUUUGGUAAUGUAGCAUUUCGUGAUUGGCUCAACAAAAUUAAGGCAAGCAGUACCCAUUUGCUGCAGGAUGCUUUGGAGACAAGCCUGCAUUUGGCUAUACCAGAAUUAAAAAUUUACUUGGAAGAGAGUUUUGGCAACUCCACUAGGAUAGAUUAUGGCACCGGCCAUGAGAUGGCAUUUAUAAUGUUUCUUUGUUGUUUGUAUAAAAUUAUGUUCUUGCAGACUGAGGAUAGUGUGCCAACAGUAUUUAUGGUUUUCAACAAAUAUCUCCAUAUAGCAAGGAAAUUGCAACAGACAUAUAGAAUGGAACCGGCUGGAAGCCAUGGAGUUUGGAGCUUGGAUGACUAUCAAUUUGUACCUUUUAUUUGGGGAAGUUCUCAGCUCAUAGAUCAACCUAAAGUAUACCCCCCUGCAAAGUUCCUCGAAGAUGACAUUAUUGAUAAAUAUGCAGAUGAGUACAUGUUUCUUUCAUGCAUUAAGUACAUAAAGGAAGUUAAGAAAGGUCCAUUUGCCGAGCAUUCUAAUCAGUUGUGGAGCAUCAGCGCUGUUGGCUCGUGGACGAAAAUUAACCAAGGUCUUAUUAAAAUGUACAAGAAGGAAGUUUUAGCCAAGUUUCCCGUUGUGCAACAUGUCUUGUUUGGGUCGCUUCUGCCAAUACGCAGAUUUCCAAUUAAUCAUUAAAACAUACUGAAAUAUGUUUUGGGUGAUAUAUAUGAUUAUUGCUGAUUGCUAUGACGUAAUAUUUCUUAUUGUUUAACAUGCAUUGUUUUGGGUUUUCUCACUGAUUAGUUAAGUUUUAGUUUUUACUAUGUACUACAUUUUUAUUGAAGGGUAAACUGAUCAUCAGUAUUACAAGUUGUGUAGUUGACUUUCAUUGAAAGUAUUGAAACAUUUAUUUCAUUAGAGAGUACAUAAAUGUGAUAUUAAAUUUUUAAGCCUAUGGUCCAGUCAUAAAUUAUCUUUAUUUAUUUAUAUAUUUAGUUUCUUUUUAUGUUUAAAAUUUUUAGUAACAGCAAGGAAUGAUAACGUAAUUACUUAAUAAUUAGAUGUAUCAAAUCUGUAUUAAUGUUUUUUUCUUGUCAGUAUCAUGUGAUACUUUAUGAUGCAAUAUUUAACUGAUUAGUAUAACCCUGUAUAGAAUUUUAAUAAGUUUAAAUAAAUACAAAGC